CGACUUUGCCCGAUAUGAAAGAUUGAAAGUGGAAACCAUGUCAUUAUUGUUCUCUUUGGUUUAUGUUCUUUCACUGCACGAUUUUGUGGUAUUUUUAGCGGCUUUCCCGUGUAUCUAGAAGAGCAUUAAUGGAAAAUACCCCUGACAAGUUGAGCCAGGAAAUUCGGCGAAAUCAUGCCGUAAACACAGCGAAAAACGCUAUACAAUCGCAGCAAGACUAUCUCCCAUGGCAACGGACAAGAAGACCAGCAGGUAGUGGGCAAUCAAGAGCCUCCAGCAGUUCACCAUCUUGUAAAUCUGGGCUUGAAAGUAGGCCUCUAAGUGUUGGGACCAUUCGAACAGCUUGUAGUUCAAAAUGUCAACAUAGUUGGAAUAAAAAAUGCAGCGCUGUGCCACCAAUCAAUGUGGAGGAAGAAAGAAGGAAACACAAACUUUUGAGUGCUUUGAAGAUGCAGAUAAAAAUGAAAGAAUUGUCGCUGUGUGAAUAUAGGAAGAUUUUCCAAAAGCUUCUGGCUGAAAACAGUAAAAUCAAAGAUGAAAUUGCAGAGUCAGAAGAAAAAAAUCAUUCAGAAGCAAAGUCACUGUUGCAACAAUAUGAAAGGUUUCGGGGUGCUAUUGGUAGUUUACAAAAACAAUAUAAAUACCAGCAUAAUGUUUAUACUGAGGAGUAUGGAAAAAAUGAGGAACAAAUUCUCGAGGAAGUUCAAGAACUCCAACAACAAACAGAACGUUUGGAUGUGGCUGUGUCAACGAAAAAUAACGAAGUUAAAACGUUACUGAACUAUAAGGAGAAAGAAUAUCCUGGAAAGAUACAGGCAAUAGCAAAGUUAAGACGACAGCGAGAAAGACUUCGUGUAUUGCAUCAGAACGAACUAGAGGAGUUGUUAAUUGCAAUCAACGAGGAUCGGGCCACAAGCCUUGCAAAGGAGGAACUUCUUAACAACAACGUUCGAGAUUCAUUCACCGAUGAAGCCAUUCUUUCGAUGAAUGAUGAUAUCAAAGAAGUUGCUCUACAAAAUAUGAUAAUGAAGAAGGAAAUUGAGAUUCACAAAAAGGAAGUGAAACUGUUAAAAAGUGAUAUUUCGCAUCUUCAGUUCAACAUCAGUGCUAUCUUAAAAGAAAAACAAGACAGUAAUCAACUGUUACCAACUAUUUCCUGCAGCAUGACAACAAAAUGUUUACCAGGAGAUGAUAUUCAAUUAGAUAUUCCUGUUAAGACAUGGCUUCCAAUAUGACAAUAAGUAACCAAUUGAAUCAUAUAAAUAUAUAAUGAUAAUGAUUACAUACAGGAAAUGGAUUAAGUCCCAAUAAUUACAGAUUAAUAACUUUAUUUCUAACUAUAAAUAAACUGUAAUAUGUACUGUAAAAUAAUAAGAAUAAAUUAUUAUUAAACUGCCACAUAUAUGGCACAAUCAUUGUUCAUGAAAUAAUCAACAAGGAAUUGUUGGUUUCCAAGAGAGAUCUUCAUCAUAUAGUUAUAUAUAUGUAUU